AUGAGUAGUUUCUAUGGUCUAGCAAAUAUAUUUGAGCAUGAAUCUUGUUGUGGUUCAUAUAAGUUUUUGAAUAAUAAUAAUAAUGAUAGGUUGUUGGAAGUGUUAGGUAAGAAGAAGGGAAAAAAAAUUAACGGGUUGAUAAAGGAAAGAAAUGAAAUUAUUCAAUCGAGUGUUGAGGAAGUUAUUAGAAAGAGAAAAUUUUGUACAUCAGGAACGAAUGAAAUGAUUCCUUCGAGGAAGAGGCAGAAUAAUGAUAUGGUCAUAAAUAAUAUUAAAGUUACUUUGAAAGAUGAUUUACAUGCAAAAUUUAAAAAUGCACGUAAUAUUUUUGAAUUCUUAGGAAUUACUGGAAAUUCUAAGUCAACUUUGAUUGCUGAUGGUGUCGAACAAUCCUACUUUGAUUUUCUUCUUUAUGAUUCUGAUUUUGUUUAUUAUGAUUCUGAUUUAUGUUCUGAUUGUACAGGUACUGAUGGUAUCUGUUAUUGUUGGGACAAAAAAUUCACUUUAAAGCAAUGUGGUAUUAGCUGUUUUGCUUUUAUGAAAAUGGCUAUGACUGAUGAAAUGUUUUCAGCUGAAAUAAAUAAAUUAACGAAUUCAAGUCUAUUAGAAAGAACACUAUCUUUUGUUGAAAGAAAAUCUUCCAUGAAAGAGUUAUUUAAGACAAAUCUAUCUGGAUAUUGUAAAUUUGUGACCAACGGGAAUAUUCUCGAAGUGAAUAAAUCUCUUGAUUUCAGAUUGAUUGUAUCAACUUAUAACUGGCAGUGGAAAAAGCUUAAGGAUGAAAAGUUAGAUGUCUUUUGGUAUUUCUAUGAUGGGUCAUGUCGUGAUGCUACAACAUUAUGGGACGAACCAUAUGAAGUAUAUUAUAGGAAACUUGUUCGAUCGAAAUUCAGCGAUUAUGCAAGCGUUUCAUUUAAGGCCACUGAGGAUACCAGUUUUAAAUUUUUUAAAUCACUAUUUAAUUUCAAAAAAGUUAGUGAAUGUUCAAACUAUAAUGAAAUUGAAGAUAUGAGGGAACGUUCGAAAUUUGGUAAUAUUGACUUAGAUUUGUUUGUUAUUGAUAAUAAGAAAUUUCUAUUGAUGAUACUUGGUCUCUAUUAUAAUGUUACAUCUCGAAACAUUUUGAACAACUUCUAUACCCAGUUGCCUAAUGUAAAAAUGUUCCACCAGUGGAUGAAACUACAGAGGACCUAG